UUCUGAAGAUGCUGAAGAAUCUGGAUUACCCAUCAUGCUCUGGGAGAGAGGAGGAGGAUGAGGAGGAUCAGAGUGGUGUCAGAGAGGGAGCGCUGAAGAUCACACUGCACGUCCUGAGAAACAUGAACCAGACAGACCUCGCUAACAAACUGCAGACCAAACUGGCUCCGUCCUGUCAUCGAAAGCUGAAAUCUACUCUAAAGGAGAAAUUUCAGAAAAUUAAUGAAGGAAUCUCAAAUCCUGGAACCUCAACCUUUCUGAAUGAGAUCUACACAGAUCUGUACAUCACAGAGGGAGGGAGUGGAGAGGUCAAUAAUGAACAUGAGGUCAGACAGAUUGAAGCAGCAUCCAGGAGACCAGCAACACAGGAGACACCCAUCAAAUGUAACGACCUCUUUAAAGACCAGUCCAUCAGAACUGUGCUGACUAAAGGAGUUGCUGGAAUUGGAAAAACAGUCUCUGUGCAGAAGUUCACUCUGGACUGGACUGAAGGAAAAGCCAAUCAGGAUGUUCUCUUCAUAUUUCCACUUCCUUUUAGAGAACUGAAUCUGAUGAAGACUGAAAAAAUCAGUCUGGAGGAUCUUCUUUAUCAGUUUUUUAAAGACACAAAAUACUUAAAACCAGGAGAAUAUCAUCACUACAAACUCAUGUUCAUCUUUGAUGGUCUGGAUGAAUGUCGACUUCCUCUAGAUUUCCAGAACAAUGAGAGAGUAUCUGAUGCAACACAGUCAGCCUCAGUGGAUGUGCUGCUGACAAACCUCAUCCAGGGGAACCUGCUUCCCUCUGCUCUCCUAUGGAUAACUACUCGACCAGCAGCAGCCAAUCAGAUCCCUCCUGACUGUAUUGAUCAGGUAACAGAGGUACGAGGGUUCAGUGACCCUCAGAAAGAGGAAUACUUCAGGAAAAGGAUCAGAGAUCAGAGCCUUGCUGAAAGAAUCAUUACACACAUGAAGUCCUCCAGAAGCCUCUACAUCAUGUGCCACAUCCCAGUCUUCUGCUGGAUCUCAGCCACUGUUCUAGAGAGGAUGUUGGGUGAAGCAGAGGGAGGAGAGAUCCCCAAGACUCUGACUCAAAUGUUCACACACUUCCUUAUCUUUCAGAUCAAACACCGCAGCCAGAAGUACCAAAGAAAAAGUGAUGUUGAUCUUAAACAGACAAGAAAGAUUAUUCUGUCUCUGGGAAAACUGGCUUGCCAACAGCUGGAGAAAGGAAACCUGAUCUUCUAUGAGGAAGAUCUGAGAAAGUGCAGCAUUGAUGUCAGAGAAGUGUCCGUGUACUCAGGAGUGUGCACCCAGAUCUUCAGACAGGAGUCUGAACUUCACCUGGGGAAGGUUUUCAGCUUUGUGCAUCUGAGUGUUCAGGAGUUUCUGGCUGCUUUAUAUGUGUUUCUGUCCUUCAUCUCCAACAACAGAAAUGUGCUGCAACAGAAACACAGUGGAUUUGGUUUCUCCAAAAAAGGAACAAUGUCUGAUUUCCUGAAGAGAGCCGUGGACAAGGCCUUACAGAGUGAGAACGGACACCUGGAUCUUUUCCUCCGAUUCCUUCUGGGUCUCUCACUGGAGUCCAAUCAGACUCUCUUACGAGGUCUUCUGAUACAGACAGAGAACAUCUCUCACAGUAAAGAGGAAGUAGUGAAGUACAUCAAGCAGAAGAUCAGGGAGAAUCCCUCUCCAGAGAAAACUAUCAGUCUGUUCCACUGUCUGAAUGAACUGAAUGAUCAUUCUCUAGUGCAGGAAGUCCAGAAAUACCUGAACAGAGGAGUUUCCAGUGAUCUCAGUGGAGUUACUCUCUCUCCUGAUCAGUGGUCAGCUGUGGCGUUUGUGAUGCUGAAUUCAGAAGAGGAGCUGGAUGAGUUUAACCUGAGGAAAUUUCAGAAAUCAGAAGAAUGUUUUCUGAGGCUGCUUCCAGUGGUGAAAGUAUCCAGGAAGGUUGAGCUGCAGGAGUGUAAUCUAUCAGAUAAAAGCUGUGCAGAUCUGGCCUCAGGUCUCAGCUCAAACUCCUCAACUCUGAGAGAAAUGAACCUGAAUUUUAAUAAACUGCAGGAUUCAGGAGUGAAGCUGCUCUCUGCUGGACUGAAGAAUCCACACUGUAAACUGGAGACACUGUGGCUGGAUUGGUGUAAUCUAUCAGAGAAAAGCUGUGCAGAUCUGGCCUCAGCUCUCAGCUCAAACUCCUCAACUCUGAGAGAACUGAACCUGAGUAAUAAUAAACUGCAGGAUUCAGGAGUGAAGCUGCUCUCUGCUGGACUGAAGAAUCCACACUGUAAACUGGAGAAACUGAAGCUGUGGAGGUGUAAUCUAUCAGAUAAAAGCUGUGCAGAUCUGGCCUCAGUUCUCAGCUCAAACUCCUCAACUCUGAGAGAACUGUACCUGAGUGUUAAUAAACUGCAGGAUUCAGGAGUGAAGCUGCUAUCUGCUGGACUGAAGAAUCCACACUGUAAACUGGAGAAACUGUGGUUGUGGAGCUGCAGUAUUACAGAAGAAGGCUGUGCUGCUUUAGCUUCAGCUCUGAAAUCAAACCCCUCACACCUGAGAGAGCUGGAUCUGAGAGACAAUAAUCCAGGAGAUUCAGGAAAGAAGCUGCUCUCUGAUCUACAGAAGGAUCCUCACUUUAAACUGGAGACACUAUACUUCUGAAAACCUGACCUGCUCUUAUUGGACAAUCUGGGCUCUUCAUCAGCUCUUCAUUCAGCACUUCUGUGGAGUUUAGAAGCUUCCAAAAUGUUCAUAUGAGCUGAAGUGAGAUCCGGCUGUUCAGCAGCUGGAAUAGCUGAACUAAACAGUAACAGAUCAUUAUCAGAACAGCUCUAAUCUUCUUAUCAGAGUGGAAAUAGAACCUUGUUGAUUUCUAUAUUGUGGA